AUGUACGCAUAUUCGGUCGUGGGUGCCGACCUGGACCGGGAUGGCCAUGUGGACAUUGUGAGCGCGAGUCGGAACGAUGACAAGCUGGCUUGGUACAAAAACCUUGGCAAUGGUCAGUUUUCCGACGCGAUCAACAUUUCCCUCGAGGUUGAUGGCGCCGUGUCGGUUCAUACGGCCGAUUUGGAUGACGACGGAGACCUGGAUGUCCUUGCGUUUGGAAGCUCCAAUAACUCCAUCGUUUGGUUUGAAAAUGACGGUCAAGGCGGUUUCAUGAUCAGCCACGUUAUCGACAGCAAUGCCCCGGGUGCAACCGAUGUCAUCGCCGCCGAUCUUGACGACGAUGGCGCCCUCGACGUUGUUGCUGCCGUGAGUUUGGAGAACAAAGUGGCUUGGUACCGCAAUCUGGGUGGGUCCUUUUCAACGCAGCAAGUCAUUUCCACCAACGUCCAGGAUGCCCGUGCAGUGUAUGCUGCGGAUUUGAGCGGCGAUGGGCGCUUAGACGUCCUCGGCGUGAGCGACAACAGCGACUAUGUCUGCUGGUUUCGUAACAUUGACGGAUCCACUUUUGCUGCACGUGAGCUCAUUGCCACCAACAUCAUAGACCCGCGUGACGUGUACGCCGCUGAUCUCGAUGAAGAUGGUGAUGUGGAUGUGUUGUCUGCCAGUCUGGCAGAUGGCACCAUCGCCUGGUACCGCAAUGAUGGUGAUGGCAACUUCACCAAACGCAUCAUCACAACGUCGGCUUCUGGGGCGCAUGCCGUGCGCGCGGCCGACGUCGACGCGGAUGGCCAUCUCGAUGUCCUAAGUGCCAGUGCAUAUGCCAAUGCCAUUGCCUGGUAUCGCGGCAAUGGUCGGGGCGACUUUUCAGAGCCCAUUCCCAUCACCACGAACGCUCAACGCGCCUACAGCGUCGAGACGGCCGACCUCGACGGCGAUGGAGCCCUCGACGUCCUUAGCGCCAGUGCCUACGAUCACAAGAUUGCCUGGUACCGCAACGAUCAAUGGGCCUGGCGAGCUCGCUUUUACUAG